AUGGUUCCGAUACGGAACUUCAUGGAAAUAAAUGGGUUAAUUGGUUCUUUAGCCAAUCGACAUCAGUUAGCAUCGAGAAUUUUUCAUGAAUAUGCAUUCGAUGCAUUGCAAGAAUCAUUACAAAAAUUGAAUGAUCAUGUUCAGGGUGAUUGUGAAAAGACCAAAAUGGUAUUUGAUGAAGCAGUAUCAAAUCAUUGCUCAGAACACACAAAAAAAGAAUUGCUGACACAAGUACAAAACGAAUGGGCUAAGCAUCAGAAAUUAGCCGUUAAGGAAAUGAAAACUAGUUUAUCAUCAUAUUGCCACAUUGCAUUAUACAAUCUGAGAUUACAGACAGCAAUAAUUGAAAAACUUCAGGGUUACGUUGAUCAGCUUCCUCAUGACAACAAUAAUAACAACGACGCAAAUCAUGGCAGUGAACAAAGAACAUCAGACAUAAAUGUCGGUUUACCUAAUUUUACUGCAAACAGUAUUCAAACACGACAAGAAAUUGAUACGAUGUUACGUAUUAUGCUUGAUGCAGCACCACAUGAAUUGCCACCAAAAAAACGGAAUAAAUUUUUGGAUUCUCUGUCUUCGCCAGAAAUAACACAAACUACGCGCAACAGUGAUUGUUUAUUGAGAAACCAAUCAUCGUCAAAUCCUCCUGUACCACAGCAUUUAAUAAUACCAUCAAACAACAAUCAUCCAGAAAUACAAGCAUCCUAUUUAUUUUCACCUGUAUCUACUGGCUAUAACGGCCAACAUCAUCAAAGCGACGUUUGUAUGGACGCAGCGGACGAUAAUUUACCAUCAUAUACUGAUUUAUUUGUUGUUCCAGGCAGUUGUAAUGAUAAUAACCCUGUUCGUCAAAGUUCACAUUUGAAUAAUCGAUAA